GAUCGAUAUGCUGAUGAAAAUUUGGGUUACCGCUGAUAUAUAAAUGACUAAAUUUAUCGAUAACAUAUUCUCUCAAUAUGUCAAUACCGAAAGUCGACAGUUCAGAAUCUUCGUUUAAAUUUGAAAAUUUCGACGAUGAUUUUUCUGAAUAUGAAAAUGAAAAUGAAAGUACAUCGCAGGAUUCACUUCCAAAAGAAUCUCCAUUUUGGGAUGUAUUUAUGUAUUUUCCAACAAGGAAGGAAAGUAUGUCUAUGAAAAAUAAAACAUGGUUAAAUAUUUCUGUGCAUAUUAUUAAAGUGUUUAUAUACGGUAUACUUUUCUGUACUGUCCUCUGCAGUGGUUUAAUUUCUAAAUUCAUAGUCAUUUUUGCUCUGUCACAGCUCAAAGAUGAAAAAUCUAUACAUUUUUGUGAUUAUUAUUCAGAGUAUCAACAAGAAUUGGGAGCAAGAAUUUCCAAAAAAGGCAAAAUAAUUUGGACAUGGUACAUUAUUUCUAUGUUCCUUAUACCAGAAUGUUUGACAAUAUUCCAGGCAAUAUGGCAUUUUCUUUUCAAUAGAAAGACGAAAUUUCCUGCAAAACAAACCAUUAUAAUUCUAUUUGUUUUGGAAACACUUCAUUCAAUUGGUGUUGCAUUAUUAAUUUUCUAUAGUCUUCCACAGCUUAAUUCUGUGGAUGUGGCUGCAAUUUCUACUUGCGUUUGUUUUAUUCCUACUUUUUUAAAUUUAUUUAUCCAACAUUACAAAUAUAUAAGAAAAACUAAAAUAUUUGUAGUAGUCUUAGUAUGCAAUGUUUUAGCAUUAAUUGCUCAAGGUUCAGGAAUAAUUUUAUAUUCUUUUUUAAAUUUCGUACAAAAUCCCCUAAUAUGGAUUCUUCCUGUAUCACUUUUAUUAUCUUCUUCGCGCUGGUGGUAUAAUUACAUCUCACACUACAGUUAUUGUGGUUUCAUAGAUCUAUUAGCAAAAAAUAAAACAGAUUUAUUAAAUAACUACCAUGUAUUGCAAGGAUAUAUAGCAUUAUGGAAAUGUUUAAUUUUUAUUUCAAGCACUAUAAUGAUAUUAACUUUUAAAGGAAUUCAUAUACCAGAAUUUUUUGAAUUUAUAUGGCAAAAUGAAUAUAAUAUAGAAUUAAUUGAAAUGUCAAAUAACAAAAUUAUAGACAUUAUCACAGACACUUCUCAUAUAUCUUUGUUUAGCUUUCUAUUACAAGUAUUUUGUGCUUUUCUCAUAUACCAAGCAGCAAAAUUUGCAUAUCAAACUCAAAUGCAUAAAUUUGGUUUUGCUCUUCCAAUAAGUUUAAUUACUCCAGGAACAAUCUUAUUAAUAAUGAUACUUUGUGCAUUACGAAAAGAAAAUUCAUGUGUACUUCAUGAUUUAAUACCAGAUUAUUUAUUUUUCAAUGCACCUAAAUAUGAUAAUAUAACAGGAUUUCUUUUAAACUGGCGUAUUUGGUGUUGGAUAAUAUGCUGGUUAUCACAAAUUUGGAUUACAGUACAACUUUGGCUAGGCGAAAAUGAAAAACUUGCUCCUGUGGAAAAAAUUUUCUAUAAUUCUAAUUAUGAUACACUCUUGAUUGAUCAGUUUUUAGGAUUAAAUAAAAGGAAACAUGAAAAUUAUCAUACUGCUAAAGAAGAAGAAUCCUCAGACUCUAUUAUGGAAUUUGAGAUGAGCAGUUCAAACAAAAUAUAUGAUUUGAAUAAUGCUGAUUCAAUACUUUCUAAGAAUAAUAUAAGUAAUAAAAGAAAUACUCGUGUUCCUCAAAUUUAUGCUUGUGCAACUAUGUGGCAUGAAAAUAAACAAGAAAUGAGCGAGUUGAUUGGAAGUAUUUUAAGACUUGAUAAAGAUCAAUGUGCCAUGAAAGUUACACAGAAGUAUUAUAAUAUUUCUAUUAAAGAUUAUUAUGAACUUGAAACACAUAUAAUUUUUGAUGAUGCCUUUUGUUGUAUGCAUGGUUGUAUAGGAUCUUGUGAUCAUAAGGAAAAUGAAACACAAGUAAAUGAAUAUGUAACAACAUUUAUAGAGACAAUGCAGGAAAGCAUAAAAAGUUUUGGUAUACUUGAUAUACCACCAACUAAAUAUCCAACCCCUUAUGGUGGUCAACUUGUUUGGAAUUUACCUGGGAAAACACGUCUAACAGUACAUCUUAAAGAUAAAAAUAAAAUCAGACACAGAAAACGAUGGAGUCAGGUCAUGUACAUGUAUUAUCUUCUUGGAUAUCGUUUUAUGAAUUCAUCAAUAGAUUUUGAUACUAAAGAAAUGAUGGCAGAAAAUACUUACAUCCUAACAUUAGAUGGAGAUGUUGACUUUCAACCAGCAGCUGUUAAAGCAUUGAUAGAUUUGAUGAAAAAAGAUAAGGAGUUAGGUGGAGCUUGUGGAAGGAUACAUCCAAUAGGAAAAGGUCCUAUGAUUUGGUUUCAAAAGUUUGAAUAUGCUGUUGGACAUUGGCUUCAAAAAUCAACAGAGCACACAAUAGGUUCUGUUUUAUGCAGUCCAGGCUGCUUUUCUCUUUUUAGAGCAAAAGCUUUAAUGCAACAUAAUGUUAUAGCUAAAUAUGCUAUAAGGUCAACUGAACCCAAACAUUAUAUUCAAUAUGAUCAAGGAGAAGAUCGAUGGCUUUGUACAUUAAUUUUACAAGCUGGUUGUAAAGUAGAAUAUUGUGCAGCUAGUGAUGCUUAUACACAUGCUCCAGAAUCAUUUGAAGAAUUUUAUAUUCAACGUCGGCGGUGGAUACCAUCAACCAUGGCUAAUGUUUUUGAUUUACUAGAAACUUCAAAGGAAACCAGAAAGUUAAAUAAUAAUAUUUCAUGGCCUUAUGUAGUUUAUCAAUGGAUUUUAACAGGCAGCACAAUUAUAGGACCAUCUUUUAUUUACUUAAUGAUGGUUGGGGCAUUUGUAACUUCAUUUCAAUUAGACAACUGGUUAAGUUUUUGGCUUAACUCAAUUGCAGUUCUUGUUUUUAUUUUAAUUUGUUUUUUCUACGAUGUGCGUAUACAGCUUAUAGCAGCAAAAGUUAUUACUGUCUUAUAUAGUUUGGUAAUGGUAAUUGUAUUAGUUGGAAUAUUAUUACAAAUAGCAGCGGAUGGCUUUAUUGCACCCAAUGCUCUUUUAUUUUUUAUUGUAAUCGGUCAGUUUACAAUAACAGCCCUUUUACAUCCUCAAGAAUUAUCAUGUUUACCUAAUGCAGUAAUUUAUUAUGUUACUGUACCAUCUAUGUACAUGUUACUCAUCAUUUUUUCUAUCUUCAAUUUACAUAAUAUUACAUGGGGGACCAGAGAAUCAAAAUUACAAAAACAAGCAUCAGAUAAGCAAAAUAUAAAGGUACAGAAAUCUGAACAAGAAGGAACUAUUACAAACAAGAUGAAGUUUUCUUUUUUUAAUUUAUGUGGAUGUAAAACUUAUAGACAUAAAAAUUCAAAGGAAUUAGAAAAAUACUUAGAAUUUAUUCAUACCUCUAUAAGUGAAGUUAAUACUCGUUUAAAGCACAUAGAAAGUACUUUGGAACUCAACAAUACAUCAAAAAACAAUAUAAAAGAAAAAAAUAAUGAUGAAAAUAAAAUAUAUGAUGAAGUACAAUUACAAGUUUCUGAGCACUUGGAUACAAAUAUAGAUUCAGAAACAAAAACUUCAGAACAUAGCUGUACUAGUGAUCAUCAAGAUGAUCCAAAUUAUGUAAUAAAUCCUCAUUGGUUACAAGAUGAACAUUUGAAAAAUGGAAAAAUUGAUUUUCUUUCAUACGCAGAAGAAGAAUUUUGGAGACAGUUAAUUGAAAAGUAUUUACACCCUAUCGAAAUAGAUAUGGAAAAGCAACAAAAUAUUACAGAGGGAUUAAUAAAUAUACGUAAUGAAUAUGUUUUAAAAUUCUUUAUGAUAAAUCUAAUAUUUAUAGUGGCAAUAUUCUUGUUGCAAAUAAACAAAGAUAUUUUGUAUAUCCAAUGGCCCUUUGCUAUUGAAUAUAAUAUUACUUAUACCACUGAUCAUUCAUAUGAAGUACAUUUAGCAAGACAAUACAAGCAUUUGGAACCAAUUGGAUGUCUCUUCAUUAUUGCAUUUGUUUUCAUUUUGUUAGUCCAAUUUUUAGCUAUGUUAAGUCAUCGAUUCAAAACAUUCAUCCAUGUACUUGCUAAUGUAGAAUUAAGUUUACCCUGUUUUAAGAAGAAAAGAAAUAUAUCAAAUGAUUUAGUCACUAGUACACAUGCAAAAAAUAUAGCAGAAGGUCUCCAAAGUGCAAUUGAAAAUCAUACAAUGAACGAUUUAAGAAAUAGAUCUGAAUCCUCUUUAAAAAAACAUAGAACUAUUCGAGAUUUGAUAGAAAAUACUCAAGAUUCUUCGAAGAGACCUUCUAAUUUUGAAGUACUCUUCAAUAAGAAAUUAAGGGAUAAAUCUGAAUUUAAGAAAACAAUGUCCUUAAGAAUACCAAAAGACGUAUUGGAAGCAUUUGAACAGCGUCGUUCAAAUAUUUUGACAGAACAUAAGUUGCAAACUCAAAAUAAUGUAUUUGACAUAGAAGAGAUAACAAAUUAAAAAAUUAAAAAAUUCAAUUGACAACA